AAAGAAAUGGUUGCUGGCUGCCAACGACUAACUCGCUUUAGGUUCUCGGACCAACCGCUCGACCAUCUCCCACUUAUCUUCCCAUCCUUUCCCGAUUGCUCCGUGUUUUCAAUUGCCGCUCAGAAACAUAUCAAUCAAUUGAACAGAGUCAAUUCAGCUGAUAUCAAUUCACAAUGGCUUGCCGUGUUAUCUUGGGAAUGAUGACCUUUGGUCCCCCCUCCUCUGUCACUGCGCGCAUCACCACAAUCGAGGCUACGAAAGAGAUUUUCAGCUACCUCAAGCAGAAGGGGUACAAUGAGAUCGACACCGCCCGCGUGUACACCGAUGGUCUCCAGGAGGCUUUCUCCGCCGAGGCCGGCUACAAGACCGAGUUUGGCUUCGACACCGCGACCAAGAUGUAUCCCAACAACGGAGGCGAGCACUCUGCCGCCAAUCUGCCGACCUACGUCAACAAGAGUCUGAGCGAGCUCAAGACCGACUGCGUCGAGAUCUUCUACCUGCAUGCUGCCGAUCGUACCGUGCCGUUGCUCGAGACGCUGCAGACCACCGAUAAGCUCUACAAAGAAGGCAAGUUCAAGAUGCUCGGAAUCUCAAACUACACCGCGUACGAAGUUGCCGAGAUUAUGACUCUUUGCAAGGUCUACAACCUCGUGCGUCCCAAGAUCUACCAAGGUCGUUAUAACUGCGUCACGCGCGAUGUCGAGGAAGAACUCUUCCCGGCUCUGAGACACUACGGUCUUGAUUUCGUGUGCUACAACCCCAUUGCUGGCGGCCUUUUGUCUGGAAAGUACAACAAGGCUGUCGAUGUUCCCUCAGAGGGACGUUUUUCGUCCAACAGACAGGGAAGCCUCUAUCGUACUCGCUACUUCAGAGACGUCUACUGGGAUGCUUUGGACAUGAUCCAGCCCGUGGCCGAGAAGCACAACCUGACUGUUUUCGAGGUCGCCCUGCGCUGGAUGGUUCACCAUUCUGCUCUCAAGCUCGGUCCUGCCAAGGGACAGACCGGCGAUGGUAUCAUCAUCGGCGUGAGCUCGCUCGAGCAGUUGAAGUCGAACCUGGCGGCUAUCGAGUCUGGGCCCUUGCCGGAUGAGGUUGUCGCAGUUCUGGAUAAGGCUGCUAAGCAUGUCAGAUCUGACUCGCCGCAUUACUGGCAUGGAGAACUGAACUACUCGUAUAAGUGGGAAUAGAGAGAUUAUUGGGUUGCUGAGGUCGCUGGCGAUGGUGUUUGCUGAUGUUGACGUGAAAAGCGGCUGGUCCUCUGUUAUUUGAGUUGAAUGAGAUCUAUUUAAAACUGUCAUUAUCUUUUCUAUCAAUACAGUAAACAAUCCUAAGAAAUGGAUAUCGGAGCACUGAACAUAGAAAAACAGUAUUGUAGCCAUUUGAUAUCACGUGACCAACCCCAGCCCCGAACCCAACUGGCGACGCGCGAA